AUGUUAUCAAACUCCACCACCCCAAAUCUUCCACAUGUUCCCAUUCCACCUCACCAAAUUUCCUAUCCUGACGCUAUCAUCGGCGAAAUCACUCCAAAUCACCAAACCACCAGGCGCAGGGACUAUCACCCUGAUCAUCCUGGUUCCUCUACCCAACACGUGGCUCCACCUAGCGCCAGCAUCCUAAAUAGUCCUUCAGCCGACACAACACACUACCUUGUAUCCUGGCGCCCAAAUCCCGCAGGCAUCAUCACUGACAAACCAAGUCUAGUGGAAAAAGGUGUCCUGUGCGCUAGAUUCCCAGACAUAGUGGAGCAGUGGGAGGAGAAAGGAAGACAGAAAAUUGAAGACGGGCAGAAAAUGAAGGCUAGGGCAGAAGGGUUGGCUAGAUUGAUGUGGGGCGGUGAGAAGAAUUCGAGUGCGUUUGGGAGAUCGGAAAACAGUGGUGUACUGGAUGAACGAGCAGCGGGUGUGAGGUGCACCCAAGGGGACAGCACAACCCACCACUGGGGCGAAGUACACCCGUGCGACGGUCAUCCAAUCGACCAGGACGAAGAAGAUAUAUGCAAAGGAUGUAGGGUGGAUCACUGGAGCCAGAUCACGUUUAAUCUUCAAGGUCGUGGUGCCCGGGUGGCAGUUUGUGCUGAGUGUGCGAGGCGGGUGCAAAAUCCUGGGGGCGACAAGCCCAGACUAGCACAGUGUGUCUGCGAGACAAAGUGGAAGUGUUGGGCAUGUCGAGAGCGGGAGUUGAAUGAGUUGGCGAGGGCGAGGAGGAUGUGGGAGGUGAGGAACGGAGGCGCGUGUGGGAGAUGUUGUGGUACAGGGGAGAUGGUGGAUACGAUCGGAUGGUGUGUGCUUUGCAAAGGGUUUAGGGUGUAUGCUGAAUAUGCUGAGGAGCAGGUAUCGUGA